CGACGAAAUGAAAAAACUGCAAGAUCCAAGUGCCUGUAAGACGCAAGCGCACCACGAUGUUAACUGCUGUUGCACUUGCGGCAAUGACGCAGCUAGCGAGGUUCUAACCGGGGCGAGUCAGUGGCUGGUUGAAAACUUUUUCCAAAUCCCAUCUUUGUCCGGGGUUUGGGUUUGGCCCAGCGCCUUUGAGAACUUCUGGAAGGGCUACCUUCGGGGGAUCGA